GGGGGUGGCGCGCGCGCCAUUUCUAGUCGUUUUCAAAGCGCCUCGCGCUGAUUCUCACGGGCCAGGCCGCCGGCCCCUGCUCUGCCCUGCAGCAUAAUAAAAUGGCUAAUCAGGUGAAUGGUAAUGCGGUACAGUUAAAAGAAGAGGAAGAACCAAUGGAUACUUCCAGUGUAACUCACACAGAACACUACAAGACACUGAUAGAGGCAGGCCUCCCACAGAAGGUGGCAGAAAGACUUGAUGAAAUAUUUCAGACAGGAUUGGUAGCUUAUGUCGAUCUUGAUGAAAGAGCAAUUGAUGCUCUCAGAGAAUUUAAUGAAGAAGGAGCUCUAUCUGUGCUACAACAGUUCAAGGAGAGUGACUUAUCACAUGUUCAGAACAAAAGUGCAUUUUUAUGUGGAGUUAUGAAGACCUACAGGCAAAGAGAGAAACAGGGCAGCAAGGUACAAGAGUCCACAAAGGGACCUGAUGAAGCAAAAAUCAAGGCCUUGCUUGAGAGGACUGGUUAUACUUUGGAUGUAACCACAGGACAGAGGAAGUAUGGUGGUCCUCCACCAGACAGUGUUUAUUCUGGUGUACAACCUGGAAUUGGAACAGAGGUCUUUGUAGGUAAAAUACCAAGAGAUUUGUAUGAGGAUGAGUUGGUACCCCUUUUUGAGAAGGCUGGUCCCAUUUGGGAUUUACGACUCAUGAUGGAUCCACUGUCUGGGCAGAACAGAGGAUAUGCAUUCAUCACCUUCUGUGGCAAGGAAGCUGCCCAGGAAGCUGUUAAACUGUGUGACAGCUAUGAAAUUCGCCCUGGUAAACACCUUGGAGUAUGCAUUUCUGUGGCAAACAACAGACUUUUCGUUGGAUCCAUUCCAAAGAAUAAGACUAAAGAAAACAUCCUGGAAGAAUUCAGUAAAGUCACAGGUUUAACAGAGGGUUUGGUGGACGUUAUUCUCUAUCAUCAACCCGAUGACAAAAAGAAGAAUCGGGGAUUCUGCUUCCUUGAAUAUGAAGAUCACAAGUCAGCAGCACAAGCCAGACGCCGGUUGAUGAGUGGAAAAGUAAAAGUAUGGGGAAAUGUAGUUACAGUUGAAUGGGCUGACCCUGUGGAAGAACCAGAUCCAGAAGUCAUGGCUAAGGUGAAAGUUUUAUUUGUGAGAAACUUGGCUACUACAGUGACAGAAGAAAUAUUGGAAAAAUCAUUUUCUGAAUUUGGAAAACUUGAAAGAGUAAAGAAGUUGAAAGAUUAUGCAUUUGUCCAUUUUGAAGACAGAGGAGCCGCUGUUAAGGCUAUGGAUGAGAUGAAUGGAAAAGAAAUAGAAGGGGAAGAAAUUGAAAUAGUGUUAGCUAAGCCACCAGACAAGAAAAGGAAAGAGCGCCAAGCUGCUCGACAGGCUUCCAGAAAUACUGCGUAUGAAGAUUAUUACUAUCAUCCUCCUCCUCGAAUGCCUCCUCCAAUGAGAGGUCGAGGUCGUGGUGGAGGGAGAGGUGGAUAUGGCUACCCUCCAGAUUACUAUGGCUAUGAAGAUUAUUAUGAUGAUUACUAUGGUUAUGAUUAUCACGACUAUCGUGGAGGCUAUGAAGAUCCCUACUACGGCUAUGAUGAUGGCUAUGCAGUAAGAGGAAGAGGAGGAGGAAGGGGAGGGCGAGGUGCUCCACCACCACCGAGGGGGCGGGGAGCACCACCUCCAAGAGGUAGAGCUGGCUAUUCACAAAGGGGGGCACCUUUGGGACCACCAAGAGGUUCUAGGGGUGGCAGAGGGGGUCCUGCACAACAGCAGAGAGGUCGUGGUUCCCGUGGAGCUCGGGGAAAUCGUGGGGGUAAUGUAGGAGGCAAGAGAAAGGCAGAUGGGUACAACCAGCCUGAUUCCAAGCGUCGACAGACCAACAACCAACAGAACUGGGGUUCCCAGCCCAUCGCUCAGCAGCCGCUUCAGCAAGGUGGUGACUAUUCUGGUAACUAUGGUUACAAUAAUGACAACCAGGAAUUUUAUCAGGAUACUUAUGGGCAACAGUGGAAAUAGACAAGUGAGGGCUUGAAAAUGAUACUGGCAAGAUACGAUUGGCUCUAGAUCUACAUUCUUCAAAAACAAAAUUGGCCUAACUGUUUCAUCUUUAAGUAGCAAUUUGCUGCCAUUUGUAUUGAGCAGAAGAAAUCACUAUUGUGUAUAUACUCAAGUCUUUUUAUUUUUCUUCUUUUCAAAGAUGCUCUUGGACAUUAUUGGGCUUGCAGAGUUCCCUUAUUCUGGGGAUUACAAUGCUUUUAUCGUUUCAGGCUUCAUUUUAGCUUCAGCAAAAGCUGUUAAAUCAUGAUUUUGCAGAAACCUUUGGUUUGGACAGUUUCCUUUUUUUUUUUUUGGAUUUGGGAUAGAUUACAUAGGAGUAUGAAGUAUGCUGUAAAUAAAAAUACAAGCUAGUGCUUUGUCUUAGUAGUUUUAAGAAAUUAAAGCAAACAAAUUUAAGUUUUCUUGUAUUGAAAAUAACCUAUGAUUGUAUGUUUUGCAUUCCUAGAAGUAGGUUAACUGUGUUUUUAAAUUGUUAUAACUUCACACCUUUUUGAAAUCUGCCCUACAAAAUUUGUUUGGCUUAAACGUCAAAGCCGUGACAAUUUGUUCUUUGAUGUGAUUGUAUUUCCAAUUUCUUGUUCAUGUAAGAUUUCAAUAAAACUCAAAAAUCUAUUCAAAACAUUACCUAUUUCAAAUUCAAUUGUGUCCUAAAACAUUAUUUUAUUCGUAAUAUUUGCAAGGAAUAUUGUUUUCAAAGUAUAACUGCCUAUGUGAGUGAUCAAAUUCAUGCAAAAUUUCUUGUCUUUUCCAAGAUGUAUCGUGGAUAUCAGAUUGAGGAUUAGCCUAAAUUCAAGUAUUUAUUCGAAAUAGCAUUUCAUUGAUUGGUGUUCUCUUACAAUCUCUUCUAAUUUUGAAAUUUUAUCCUUUUAUUUUUAUAAAAAAAUUUUCAGAGGUUUUUGAACAUUUUUGCAGGCAUUGGAUAAUUUGCAUUAAAACAAAUAAAAUGGGACUGGGGAAGCAGACUGCAAUUUAAUUUGACCCACAUUCUUUCUAUCAAGGAUAUCUUGUGGCUGAAGACCUUAUUGCUGUAAGUGAAAGUACACAGAGGAGACUGUUAGUACUGUGACAUCCUUUGCACUGUGCAUUAAACUCCAGUUUUAGUAUACACGAUGGUCACUGGUCACUGCCAUUUCAGUUACUAGUGCUAGUAAAUUUGCUUUGGGAAACAGUCAUGCCUUGUCAGAGAGGCUUUUAAAGAUCUGGUAGCUAUACCUUUAACCUUCUGUUACUACCUCUUUUAUUUACAACGUCUAAUGGCUAUUUUUGUUGGCCACAUAGUACCCUCUAUUUCCUUGUUUCCUCUGGAAAUUCUGAUGUAGUUUGUGAGUGAGGUGAACAGAAGAAUAUAAAUUUUACAGUGCUAAACAUUCACUCUACCACUGAGCUAUACCUUCAACUACCCUUCUAGUUAUAUAAGCCAAUGGGAAAUAUUUAAAAUGGACACACCAUUAUUUUAUGUUUUGUUCCUGUUUGGUGUCUUUUGUGAUAGCAGUAUUAAAUUUCAAAAUCAUGACUCACUUAAUUAUUCGUGAGCUUGUUUAGAUCAUAUUUUGGGCUUCAUGACUUCUACUUUGAAUUUAAAAAAUUAACAUUUGCUGAUGAUAACCAAUGUAUCUCAUUUCUUUUUCAAAGUUCACUCAUGGCACAGCAUAGUAAUUUAACAAGUCUUAUUAAUAGUCCUCUUAUAUUUUGGAAACUGAUAAAGGAAUUUUGUGGGCUAUUACAGCUGCAAGUUAGCAUGGGUGUUUGGUAAGGUUUAGAGUCACUUAUUUUUAUUACACCCAUGUGUGCAAAUUGAUACCAAAUAUUCUUUAAAUGCUACUUAAACUUUAACAAUACAAAUGAAAUUACAAGUCUAAAUUAGAACUGAAUAAAUUAUUGAUUUUUCUUGGAAAGAACAAAAUCUACAAGUAAAACUUGAGUUGCUUAUAUUUUUGUUUCAUAAGCUUAGAAAAUCAUCACAAAAACUAGAAAUGGAAUAGAAAUGAAGAAGUAGUUUAUUGGUUCUUCUGUGCCUACCAUAAAACAAAAACCCUAGCACCUCCUCAAAAAAAAGAAACCAUCAAAAUUUGUAUUCCAUAUAAAAUUCUUUCAUUGCAAAUUAUAUUUUGAAUUUAAGAAUAGCCAUCUCUCCUCUGUCCUGCUCACUAAUUAAAAAUGUAUCUGCAGAGGUUCCUUCUAAUAUUUGCUGUGUUUUUAUUAUUUAUUGAAAAAGCAUAACCUAUAAAUAUUAAAUUUCACUUCAGAGCUUUUCUUUUUUGAUACCUUAUAAAUUAUCACCUGUAGUAACAUUCAGAGAAAAUAAAUUUGGAGCUCAACUUUUCACAGAAGUAACAACUCCACAAAUCUGGAAAGUGUCAGUUGAGGGAAAUCUUCUAGAUACUCAUUUAGGGAUUUUGUUGUUGCUGUUUGUUUUUUGUUUUUGUUUUUGUUUUUUUUUGGUUGCGUGUGUGUGUGUGUGUGUGUCUUUUUAAUAUAGGCUUAAAAUUGAGCUCUGAGGAAUUUGGCUUUCUGUUCUGCCUUUCUAUCUUUUUCCCCCAAAACCUGAUUGUUAAUUAUAAGCCUGUCACACUACAGUGUGUGUUAGGAAGUAAUACCUAUACUGAGUAGACCUCUUUGUAGGUAUCCUCCUAAGAUUGACAAAUACACCUCUUUCCCAUAAUGGAAUGCUAAUUUUUAUUUGAUCACUCAUUUAUAGCAGUUGUUUAGAAGUAUUCUAUGAAGGUGUUUUAAUUACUUAAAAGCAAAAAAGUCCUAAUAAGUUGCCAGAUUUCUAAUAAAUCCAAGUUUAUUUGAUCAAAAUCAUAAGAAAAAAAUGAGUGCAGUUCUGUAGUUUUUUAUUUUUCCAAAGAAAAGGGUUCAGAAUAAUUGUUUUUAAUUUUUCUUAGUUACUGGGGUUAUUCUGCAAAAGAAAGCCCAAUGCUUUCUGUUAGUAGUAGGUAAUUUUUCUUGAAAGAGACUUUAAAUUCUGAUUUAGGAACUGAAUCUUUUUACAGAGAUCAACAUUCAUUAAAAUAAGUUAAUGUGUUUUAAAUUAUAGAAGAAAAGGGAUAUAAAAUUACACUACUAGUAUAAAGCCUUAUAAUAUUAUUGAAAUUCAUUACAUCAUUUGCCUCCUGCCCAUUUGAAUAUAAUCAUACCUAUGUUUUAUUAAUUGUGUAUUAUUUGUAAAACCAAACCUUUCCAGUGAAUACUUACUAUAAGGCUAUAACUUCUGUUGUGGAGACUUAUAAAUUUGUUUAACCUUUUUUAUUUUCCAAAGAUUUCUAUACAAAAGCUAUCCUAAAAGAAAAUCAACUGUAGUUGAUAUUGUAUUGUCUUUUAUGUGGUAUCAUAAAUGAGCAACUGAGAAAAAGCCUUAUAGAAAGAGUGCACUGGAUUUACAAGUGUGUUUAUGUUUCUCUUAAGAUUGGGAGCUUCUGUUAACUUAGGGACAGAGUUGUUCUGAUUGAACCAGUGGAUUGGAUUACUGACUGGAGAAUCCUUGUAGCAAAUCCAUUAAUCAGACAUAUUUACUUCCACAUUAGAAGCUUUCAACCCAGUCUUAUUUUUGAAAUGCAAAUACAAGCUUUAAAAUAUUACUUAAUAAAUUGGUUAGAAAUUUACUAUAAAUAUUGGAAGUUACAAUAAUCCUAGAUUUUUUUUUCUUUGAAAAUACAUGCAUAAAUAUUUUUUUAAUUUAGAGGUUACCAGAAGCUCUGGUUUUGUUUUGGUUUGGUUUUUAAUCAUUUUCAGAUGUUAUCCAGAAAUCUGCAAGUAUUCUUUUCCUGUUUUAACUCCUUCCUUUUAUCACCUGACUAUCAGGGAAGCGAGGUUGAGGCUGCCCUGACCUGACAUGUCAUGAUGUCGACUUGCUAGGUGGGGUUCGCUGGGGACGAUAACCAGUGGAAUUGUUGGUAAGAACUUUUUUUUUCUUAUUUAUUUUUUUUUUAUCAGUAGUGGGGCAAUGAUUAUGGGAGAGUACCCAUAUUCUAUAAGUGGACAAUUGUAGAAAAAUAAGAUUUUAGUAUUAAAUCUGUUCUUAAUAGGAACUUAUGAAAAGAAGUUCACUCAUUCUCAGAUUAGUAGCUGAUGACAGGAAAGGCCGGCAAAUAUUAGGUACUGAAAUACUCAAAGAAUAAUUGAACUUAUCAAGAUAAGACUCCUUAAAAUCUAAAACAUUUGUUGGAGAAAUAAAGUUGCUUUGUUUUACUGUGA